AGGCUUCCGGCUUGGACGGUGGUGCCGUGGUUGAGCUGGUUGGAUAGAAGGAGCUGGGGAAGGUGAGAACUGGGGUUGCCGCGGCCGGCUGACCCCGCCCGAGCCUCGACCCAGCGGAGGGCUGUGCGCGACCUGUCAGUGAGCCAGGUCACGAGGUGAGACCUUCCGACGAAAGUGCGGAGGGCGUUGGUGCCUUUGGCCGCCGAAAACCGGGAGAGGGGCGCAAGUGGGUCGGCGCCGAGCGGCGGGAGCUUGGAGGCUCAGGGACUUUUCUAUGGCUUUUGAAUUUUAGUUGAAAUUCCCUCCAUGGCCUUUUGGAGUCCCUUGCUGUGUCUCCAGAGUAAAUUUCUCUUACUCGACAUUUCAUCAAUGUUGGAGUGGCAAGAAAAAGGUGGAACUGAUUUGGGGUGAAAAGGUCUAACAAAUUUUAAACUUAAAAAAAGGCAAAGAUGGGUGAAAAGAAACCAGAACCUUUGGACUUCGUGAAAGAUUUUCAAGAAUACCUGACUCAGCAGACCCAUCAUGUGAACAUGAUUUCUGGAUCAGUUAGUGGGGACAAGGAAGCAGAGGCUCUUCAGGGAGCUGGAACAGAUGGCGAUCAAAAUGGACUUGAUCAUCCAUCUGUUGAAGUUUCUCUGGAUGAAAACUCAGGAAUGUUAGUAGACGGGUUUGAAAGGACUUUUGAUGGGAAGCUCAAGUGUCGGUACUGCAACUAUGCCAGCAAGGGAACAGCACGGCUUAUCGAGCACAUUAGAAUCCACACAGGUGAGAAACCUCAUAGAUGUCACUUGUGUCCAUUUGCAUCUGCUUAUGAGCGUCAUCUGGAAGCCCAUAUGCGUUCCCAUACUGGAGAAAAACCGUACAAAUGUGAAUUGUGUUCCUUCCGCUGCAGCGAUCGAAGUAACCUGUCCCAUCAUCGAAGGCGCAAGCAUAAAAUGGUGCCAAUUAAAGGUACUAGGUCUUCCUUGAGCAGCAAGAAAAUGUGGGGGGUUUUACAGAAGAAAACAAGCAAUUUGGGUUACAGCAGAAGAGCACUAAUCAAUUUAAGUCCACCUUCCAUGGUGGUUCAGAAACCAGACUACCUUAACGAUUUUACCCACGAAAUCCCAAAUAUCCAGACUGACUCCUAUGAAAGUAUGGCGAAAACUACAUCAGCUGGUGGCCUACCAAGGGACCCGCAAGAACUCAUGGUUGACAACCCUUUAAAUCAGCUCUCUACUCUAGCAGGACAGUUGUCCAGUUUGCCACCUGAAAACCAAAACCCUGCAUCCCCUGAUGUAGUCCCCUGCCCUGAUGAAAAGCCUUUCAUGAUUCAGCAGCCCUCUGCCCAAGCAGUAGUUUCUGCUGUGUCAGCAAAUAUUCCUCAGAGCUCCUCUCCCACAAGCCCCGAGCCUCGGCCAUCACAUAGUCAGAGGAACUACAGUCCAGUGGCAGGUCCAAGCAGUGAACCAAGUGCCCAUACCAGUACUCCCAGCAUAGGAAACAGCCAGCCAAGCACUCCAGCCCCAACCCUGCCAAUCCAGGACCCUCAGCUUCUGCACCACUGCCAGCACUGUGACAUGUACUUUGCAGACAAUAUCCUUUACACUAUUCAUAUGGGAUGUCAUGGGUAUGAAAAUCCUUUUCAGUGUAAUAUAUGUGGAUGCAAAUGUAAAAACAAGUAUGAUUUUGCCUGUCAUUUUGCAAGAGGGCAACAUAACCAACACUGAAAACAAUCAGAUUAUGUUUGACUUGGUUUGGCUUUUCUGGGGUUUGUAGUUUGGUUUUUGUUUUCAAUCAUCCUUCAUAAGGUAUCUGCUAAUUUAAAGUUUAUAUUCAUUAUGUUUAUAAAAUUUAAAUUUGACAGUGGGGAAAAUUUUUCUUGACUUUUUUUUCCCAUAAAAAUCUGGCCACAGUCUUUUAUGUAUUAAAACAGACACAUUUAUGUGUAUUUUUUUCUUUUCAUUAGAUAAAAAUAGGAAUACAGUCUAUCUUAACAGGUAUUCAUUUAAAUUUCCCACAUAUAUGGUCCAUAAAGUAAGGCUUAUCCAUACCCUUGAUAUUUCAAUAUAUACAUUACUGCUGGAUUCUGUUUCUGCCAUAUUUUAAAAUGGUAGGAUAAAUUCUUUUCCAGAUCUGUUACAACUUACUUCAGUAUUUGCAGAGAAAUUGCCUUUAAGUUGCUCUUAAUUGAAAUAUUAGUUUAUACAUCUUAAGUUGAAUCAGUAGUUUCAUUUCAACUGAUAAUAGUAAAGCUAUUUCAAGAGUAGUAAAUUUUGAAUUUUUCUAUACAGUGAAAUGUAAAACAAUUCUUUUAAAAUUAAAGUUACAAAAAUAGGUGAAAGUUCUGAAAAGAACUGAAACUCAAGAUUCUAAAUUGAAAUCGAGUUUAAUAUUUAAAAUAUCUGUUUAGUCAAUGCCUAAAAAGUCUCAGUUUUACAUUAAAUUUUUUAUACUUCACUUAUUUUUUAAAACCAUAGGUAAAUAUAGUAGAGUGCUAGAUGCCUUUUUUCAUUUUAAACUUUUCAUUUAAAUUCAUUUUGAUGUUACUAGUGUCAGGUGAGGUUGAUAACUAUAGUGAGAAACUGUUAUUCUUCCUAGUCUUUUGAUGACCAAAGAGGUACUAUGGAAGUCAUCUAUAUUAUUAAGAUGCAGUCUUUCAAAUAAAAUUUCCAUUUUCCUUUUCUUGCCUUCUACCCAUUUAUUGCCCCUAAUUUCUAAAAAAAAUAUGGGUAUAGAAAUACAUGGGAAAAUGUGAUAGUGAAGUAACACAGUAAUAUGUGUCCAGAACAUAUCCUGGUCUCCUCUUCAGAGUUGGCCAUUUAAAAUAUUUUCUAUGAAUUCAAAUUGUAAUUCUUUUUUUUUUUUUUUCCGGUACCGGGGAUCGAACUCAGGUCCUUGCGCUUGCACAGCAGGCGGCAAAACCACUAAGCUAAAUCUCCGGCCCCUCAAAUUGUAAUUCUUACUUGCAGCUUGCCCAGUUUCCGUGUACAAUGACAGUACUUACUAUAUGGAAACUGUGUUUGAAUUAUCACUUAGAAUAAAAAGGUAUGAAGAUGUAUAUAAAACAUCUAAACAUGACAUUUGUUUUUAAAGACUUGCUAAAUCUAGAGUCAUCCAUUUUGAAUAGGAGGCUAUUGUUUUUAUACUAUGUAAUAACUAGCUUACUCUGAAGAGAGCUUGGUUAAACAACAAAAUAUUGUUACUAACUUGGUUCCUGUGUACUUUGCAAAAAUUUUGUUUUUAAUUUGAUUCAUAUUUUGAAAAUACUUGUAAUUGGCUUCUUAAAGAAAAUAUUGUAACCAAAAUAUCUUAACCAAAAAAGACCUCUACUCCUAUAGUAAAUAGAAGGGAAAUGUAAAUGGUAUCUGCCCACAAAAACACCAAGUGCCAAGUUAACUUAAUGAGCCCUCUGCUCUCCCAAUGCUAAAGCCAUUAAAAAUGAGUGAUUGUAGUUGUACAGCCAAUCUAGGCUCAUUUUUAAGACACUUUAUCCAAACAGGAACUCCCUUCCUUUUCAAAUCUUGUGACACUAAAAAUUCUGGGUUUUUUUCCUCUGUUGCUUAAAUCAUUCACUGCUUAGGUCAAUUUUAGUGCAAUUUUCAAAUUCAUAACUUUGCUCUACCGCUUAUCAGUUUCUAGAAAGAAACAAGUUGUCAUUUGAAAGCUUUGUGAUUUUUUUUUCUAUUUUAGUCUUCAAAUAAAAGCAAUAUUCCAAAAUAGAAAAUGAAAAAUUUCAUUAAACAAAGAGAAAGAACUCUCCUUAAAUCCAGCUUAUUAACUGUAUAUUAACUGGGCCAAAUAGUGAUAAUUUUUUUCUAAUAAAGAUGGAUGUUUUGAAGGUGCAUUGUAAUUUAAACAUGAUUUUGUUUUUCAUACUUACAAACUAGAAUGUAAAAUUCUAAUUUUCCUAUUACUUAAAGAGCACAGUUGGUUCCAAAGGAGUUAAUGCUUAAAGGCUAUAAUUAACUCUAAAUGCACUAAAAAUUUUGAAACAAAUCUACCUUAGAAACUUUUGGGAUUAUUCUUUUUAAAAGAUCUAGGGUUUUAUUUAAAUUUUCUGAGUUAAAUUCUGUAUUUGAAAAAAUGUUAGGGUCUUCCCUAACAUACUGAAUAUGUUCCUCUCAUGUUAUUUUUAAUCAAGUAUUUUAUAGAAAUGAGUUGGAAAAAUUUAACAUGCACUAUUUAGAGUACUUUGCCACUAACAGGCAAUGUUCUGAAACUAAAUUUAUUUUUGUUCAGUGAACAUAAGUUUAGAUUUUUAAAGUUGGUAGAUAAUUUAUCUCCACUAAUAUUUUUUUAAGAAACUGUGAAGAGAUUAACAGGGAAUAAUUUUAUUUCAGAUUUUUCUAAUGUAGUAUGUAGCUGCAACUUCUUGAAAUUCAAGUAAAGGCUAGACUUUUACUUUGAAAAAAUUUCCAGUGGUUAUUUCCAGUGCUAUUUCAUUCAUUUUGGAAAUAAAUGUUUGCCAUUCACCUGCAGAAUCAUUUGACAAAGGGAAUAUUACUUAAAAAAUAGAGAAAACCUCAUUUGAAGUUCUAUAAAAAUAUUUAUCAAAUGAAUAUGUUGAAAAUUUUUUAAUUCCCUGCUAAAGACUUUUUCUUUAGUCUAGAGGGUAUAUGCUUUCUAGAACUUGUUUUUUGUUAAUAUGUACUUUGAUGUAAGAACAUAUUUUGUAUGCAAAGCAUAAAUCUUGCAUUAUGGUUGUAAUACAUUAUAUUGUUUAGGGAUCCAAAAAACAGGUUAAUGCUGAAAUAACUAGUAUGUAGUUCAUAUUGUGAAUGAAGCUUUGGUUUUGUAAUAUAUGAAUAAAAAAUAACACUUUCUAAUGACCCCAAUUUUUCUUUUUUGAAAACCUACUAUCAAAUUAGUUUUGUAGUAAUUUUCUGGUAUAUAACUUGUUAAUAAAAGAAAAAGAUCUUGUGGCUA